AUGGCGGACUUCACGGAAAUAAUGAAAAAUCAAGUAAUGAAACCUAGAGAAGAAGACAGGAUGAUGAUUAGUGGGAGUCGAAGAGAAGGAUUCAGGCUACAGGGAUCAGAUAUCGACGCAAUGUUUUGGCCAGAUGACCACCGUGUAAUAUGGGACUUGGCUCAGGCUCAGAAUUAUGACUUAAGUAGAAAGGUACUGAUCCUCUGUGAUUGUUCUGAUAGUCCACCAGGAUUCGCUUUACUUGAAUUACUGACACAAACACAAAAGGAAAGUGUAAAGAAUGCAUGCAUGAGAAUAAGCGACAAACUCUAUGUAUCCAGUUCUAAAUACAGACAGAUCACAUGUUCAGCAGUUAAAAUUUAUUCUAAGGAGCAUGGUCCGUGUGCUAGUGGUGUUAAAGGGGAAACAGAGUAUGACGCUGCCCUAUGUUUUGUCUGUGAUUUAUGGCCCCCUCCUGCCUCCAAAUGGAUAGACAGAUGUCACUCAUGGCCCCCGUCUUAUCUUGUCGAUGACAUUGUUAGAAAUGGAUGCCACUUUGUAGCAAUUGGACACAAACUAGGAAAGCAUGCAGACAAUGAAUGGAGAAUUUCCAUCUCUUUGGCAGAACAAAAACUUGUAUAUUCAAUGAAUCAUUGCCAAUUCUUAACCUAUGGGCUGCUUAAGUUGCUUUUAAAAGAGUCUAUUAAUGAUGGAUUAAGUGAUGAGGAUAAAUUGCUCUGUUCCUAUCACAUGAAGACAGCAGUUUUCUGGGCGAUUCAACAAAACACAAUUCCUCACUGGCAUCCACAAAAUCUUCUUCAGUGUUUCUGGUUCUGUUUUAAACUUAUCCUUAAAUGGGUGUAUGAGGGGGUAUGUCCAAACUUCUUUAUUCCAGAAAACAACAUGUUUCUAAGUAAUAUCCAUGGUGAAGCACAAACGAAUUUAUUUAUUAGGCUUCAUGAAUUGUAUGAGAAGGGUUUAGUAUCACUGCUUCAUUGUCCAUCUAUCAGAUCUAGUCUUAUCAGUGUCCUUCAAAAUCCCAGACAACCUGUUGAUACAGAUAAACACAUGGUGAUCUCUAGGGUUUUAUUUGAAGUAGAUCUAUUCAGAGAGCUGCGUGGCAAUAAAGUAUUAACAACAGACCUAGACAAAUGUAUGAUGUACAGGGUGUUUCAGAAAACAUGCAACCAUUUUGAUUGA